AUGGCGUCCUUCCAGGGCGUGGACCUCACGGACACGGCGGACCAGGUUGGCCAGCAGGUUUUGCCGCCGCCGCAGCCAGCUGAGCCAGCCCUCACGGACGAGCAGCGGGCCAGGAUCGCGGAGAACCGCGCCAGGGCCCGGAGGAUCCGAGAGAGCCGGGGGCGGCAGGAGAUCUGUGCCCCAGCGGCCGAGCAGACGGCUUUCGCUGACAGCAUCUCGGAU